UUUGCCUCGCUACAUGCUACACCGAAGGAGUUGUUGAGUUGCUCCGGUGGUGUGGGGAGAGAUAGAUGCAGCCACUCUCCGUAUAGCCGUCAUACUGAUAUUUCCCCUCAAUGUGUUACCCAUUCACUUUAUAAGUCCGACCAAUAACGGAGAGGCCCUUCAAUUUCUCCUCUUACAAUUUCUGUUCGCGGUAUUAUUGCCAUUCAUCUUCUUGUUUUAGAUCAUAGACUUUUCACAAGUUGUAGACUUUGGAGAUUCUAGAGAUUUGACACCAAAGAACCAAAGGAGCAGGGGAAGAACCGAUUCACCAGUUCACGAUGCUAUUCUCCCAGGAAAAUCGCUUGGUAUAUACUUACGAUGCCGAAACUCUCUGGAUCGAACCAUGGGGUGAAAAUUCUCUGAGAAUUCGCGCAACUAAGCUGCCUUCUAUGUCGGAGCAGGACUGGGCACUCCAACCGCCUUCAUCAUCAAAGUCUGGCAUUGAGAUUACCGAGAAUGCGGGCACCAUCACCAAUGGCAAAAUCAAGGCCAUUAUAACCAAGUCUGGAAAGAUUACAGUGUGGAAUUCCAAGGGAGAAUUACUGCUCGAGGAGUAUACUCGGAACCGCAAGGACGUGACGGAUGCCAAGUGCAGUGCGAUUGAGAUUGAGGCUCGUGACUUCAAAGGCAUCCUUGGCACGGACAACUUUCACCUCACAAUGCGUUUUGAGAGUGUUGAUCCCGAUGAAAAGAUCUAUGGCAUGGGUCAAUAUCAGCAGCCAUUUUUUGACCUAAAGGGUCACGACCUGGAGCUUGCUCACCGCAACUCCCAAGCAAGCGUGCCAUUCGCGCUCUCAUCUCUGGGAUACGGUUUCCUCUGGAAUAAUCCGGGUGUGGGACGUGCCGUCCUCGGCCGUAACAUUAUGACAUUUGAGGCGUAUUCUACCACCACACUCGAUUACUGGGUGGUAGCAGGUGACAGCCCAGCAGAGAUCGAAGAAGCCUACGCUAAUGCGACUGGCAAGGUCCCGAUGAUGCCAGAAUAUGGACUUGGAUUUUGGCAAUGCAAGUUGCGCUAUCAGACUCAGGAAGAACUCCUUGGAGUUGCUCGCGAGUACAAGCGAAGAAAACUGCCUCUAGAUCUUAUUGUGAUUGACUUCUUUCACUGGCCGAUGCAGGGCGAGUGGAAGUUUGACCCCACGUACUGGCCGGAUCCAGAUGCAAUGAUCCGGGAACUUGAAGAAAUGAAGGUUGAGCUGAUGGUUUCAAUCUGGCCGACCGUUGAUAAGAGAUCUGAGAAUUUCGAAGAAAUGGUUGAAGGUGGCUAUCUCAUUCGUACGGACCGUGGUAUCCGCAUUGGCAUGGACUUUCAGGGUGACACCAUCCACUUUGAUGCGACGAACCCAAAGGCAAGAGAGUACGUUUGGAGCAAAGUGAAGCAGAAUUACUACAGCAAGGGGAUAAAGGUGUUUUGGUUGGAUGAAGCAGAGCCCGAGUACUCAGCUUACGACUUUGACAACUUCAGAUACCAUCUUGGCUCUAACCUCAGCAUUGGCAACAUCUACCCUGUUUCAUAUUCGCGUGGCUUUUAUGAAGGCCUCAGGAAAGAAGGACAUGAACAGAUUGUCAAUCUAGUUCGCUGUGCAUGGGCUGGCAGUCAGAAAUACGGCGCCCUAGUCUGGAGUGGCGAUAUCGCGUCCUCAUGGUCGAGCUUCAGCAACCAGCUCGCAGCAGGACUUCACAUGGGUAUCGCAGGAAUCCCAUGGUGGACCACAGACAUUGGUGGAUUUCACGGGGGUAACCCCAAGGAUCCAGCUUUCCGAGAACUGUUUGUUCGCUGGUUUCAGUGGGGUGCCUUUUGCCCUGUUUUCCGACUUCACGGUGAUCGAGAACCGCACAAGCCUCAACAUGGUACAACUGGCGGAGCGACGUGUCUGAGUGGCGCUGAUAACGAGGUAUGGUCUUACGGUGAAGAGGUGUACGGCAUUUGCGAAAAGUACAUGGCUCUGCGUGAAACUCUGAGGCCAUACACAAGAAAGCUCAUGGAGGCGGCUCACGAAAAGGGUAGCCCUGUGAUGAGGACUCUGUUUUACGAGUUUCCAGAGGAUAAAAGAUGCUGGGAAGUCGGCAAGCAGUACAUGUUUGGUGACAAAUACUUGUGCUGUCCGGUUUUGAAGCCUGGUGUAACGGAAAUGGAGGUGUAUCUGCCAAAGGGAGCGAACUGGAAGAAUGCCGAUGGUGAUAUUUUACCAGGAGGCCAAACGGUUCAGGUCAAAUGCCCGCUGGACUAUAUGCCGGUGUUUGAAAGGGUUUAAUGUCGUAUUAGAUCAAGUGUUAGAGC